AUGCGUCCCUUUUGCAACAUCAUCAGAAGCCGCACUAUAACACGCAUCACUCCCGCAUCUUUCCAUCUCCAACAUCGCCUUUUCUCUCAAACAACAUAUAGUCUCGGCAUCAAGAUGAACGGACACGGAGAUUUGAAUAAUUCUCACGCUGGAAGAACAGCGGUGGAAUUCGCCGCCGAUCCAUCGCUCAGAAACAAGUCCCUCGCCAUCGACCGCGAUCACGAUGACGCCACAAUCCGCCAACAAUACCGUCCUUUUCUUUUCGAUGGCAAUAUGCCCGCCGAUGAUUGGGUUGCUGAACUGGAACUGAGCACAGCAAUCAAGAUGGUGCAGUCGGAGAUUAUGGACAAGAAGCUUGAUCGCCUCCGGAUUCUUGUUCUUUACGGUAGUCUUAGAAGCCGGUCAUACUCCCGUCUUCUAGCUCUCGAAGCCUCACGUAUCCUUUUCCGCCUCGGCUGCGAUGUACGAGUAUAUAACCCAGCCGGUCUACCUCAAAAAGACGAUGUCCAACACGACCAUCCCAAAGUCCAAGAACUGCGGGAGCUGAGCAAAUGGAGCGAUGGUCACGUAUGGAUCAGCCCAGAGCAACACGGCAACUUGACCGGCAUCUUUAAGCAACAAAUCGAUUGGAUCCCUCUAUCCACAGGCUCUGUACGUCCCACGCAGGGAAGAACUCUGGCUGUGGGACAAGUCAGCGGCGGGUCUCAGUCCUUUAACUCUGUCAACUCAUUGCGUAUCCUUGGACGUUGGAUGCGCAUGUUUGCUAUUCCGAACCAAAGCUCAGUGCCGAUGGCGUAUACGCAGUUUACUCCCGAGGAGGAAGGUAGUCGCAUGAUGGUCAGUUCUAACCGCGAUCGCCUUGUCGAUUGUAUGGAGGAGCUCGUCAAGUACACCAUUGUCAUGAGACCUCACUUCGAUCUCUUUGGGGAUCGCUUUAGCGAGCGUGAGGAGAAGAGAGUAAAGGAAAUGAAGAAAGAGGAGGGAAACUAA